CUUGGCCAAACUGGAAUAAUAAUAAAGCUUGAAAUAACUAGAAACACAUCUAAAAAGGUGGAAACAUUACUGCGUUGCAUGAGGGAUAUAAGGAGCGGCGUGGCGCCUGGCGCGGGUCAGUUAGUCAGUGUCAGUAGAGGCCGUGAGGUGUCACGCGUCACGGUGGUGUCAGGUGCCGCCUCUCCUCUCAUUCUCUCAUAAUGAAUACCAGAAGAUUAUUCCGCUCCAAUAGGACUAAUACAUCCAGAAAUGCGAGCAAUAGUAGUAGUACCGGUAGUCAGCCUCCAGCUGUUGUCCAGCUGCAUGAAGGUGCUGAGGGUGGUAGUCAAAAUCCAGAACAUGCUUCAUUAUCUACGGUAGACAAGGUAUCAUCACCUCCAGAUGAAAUAUGUUCAAUAUGCAUAGUGAGCCUAAGGCAUCAGUCUGGUUUUAAUGAGGAUAUAAAACAUGAGGAUUCUCCAGGGAAUGCAUCUUGUUCACAAGGGUCAAAUGGUUUUGGUACUGUGCAGUUAGUCCGCUGUAAACACAUCUUUCAUUUCGUGUGUGUGAAGGAGAUGGUUAAAGCUUCACCAAAGUUUUUGCAGUGUCCUUACUGCAAAGCCAUAUAUGGAAUUAGACAAGGCAACCAACCCCAAGGCUCUAUGAAAGUUGAGUGGGCACCCUACAAGCUUCCAGGACAUCCUGACUGUGGUACAAUUAUUAUAAAGUAUAGCUUUAAAGAUGGUAUUCAAGGACCAGAGCAUCCUAAUCCUGGAGAACCGUACAGAGCACAUGCUUUUCCACGGGUUGCAUUUCUUCCUGACAAUACUAAGGGAAAUAAGGUACUGAAACUGUUACAAGAGGCAUGGAAACGGCGCUUGAUCUUCACAGUGGGUACAUCGGCCACCUCUGGGUUGAGGGAUGUGAUAGUUUGGAAUGACAUUCACCAUAAAACAGAGCCCUCCUCUAAUAUCAGUGGUCAUGGCUACCCAGAUGAAUUCUACCUGGACACUGUACUUAUGGAACUGGAAAUUGCUGGGGUUACAGAUGCAACAACUGAGUAAUGUUAACAUUGUCACAGACUUUGCCCGAGUAAUGUUAAAUAAUUAUUUUGCUUAUCUGCAGUAGUAUGCCAGCCCUUGUGUAAUUAGAUGUGGCUUUGAAUACUCGGUUUCAGUAACCCAUUCUUUUCUUUAGUGCUUGAGAUGCAUGAAGGAAAAAAUCAUAUUGGUUUAGUUAUUAUAAAGGAAUGACAAAUUAUUUUAUUGAGAAAGGGUAAUGUCUUGUAUCAAUAAAAUUGACUUGAUCAUUAAGAUUUUUACCUACAAUUUAUCACAGUACAACUUAUUAAUAAUAGAGAUGAACAUUUAUAUUUUUAAUUGUUUAUACAUUCAUAACUGUCAAAGUCACAAAUUAAUUACACUGAAGUAGUAGUAGUAACGAAGAAUUAUUAAAAUAUCUGUAUACAGGUUAGGUCUUUCAUCAUUGACAUUUUGUGCUCUGUUACAGAUGGCCAGGGAGUUUUCAUUCUUAAAAAGUCUGUAAAGCCUGACCCAUGCAAAUAAAAUUGUAUAGGUGUAUAUUGGAAGUCUUUCCCUUUUAGCCACAAAUACAGUACAUAAGUCCAGAAUGCUUGGGGGGCAAAAUAUUUAAAUACAGUACUAGAAUGCAAAAGUUAAUAUUUGCAGCAUGUGUGAGAACCCAAAAAACUGGCAACAAGAAGUUAGACCCAUGUUUUAGAUGGUAUGGUAAAAAAUUGUCCAGAUUUUCUAAAUUAAUAGGUACUGUGACAGUCAGUAGUGUAUUAUGAUGCAGUAAGUUGGUUCAUGAGAGAGAACAGUGUUGACUGCAGUGCGAGUGCAUGGUCAUUGAAGUGAUGCAUGAUGAGAGGAGUAGAGAAGAGUUUGCAUGCUGGUCAAAAGCAGUGAUCUUAAUUGGUAAACUUUAGUCUUAUAGAGCCAUGGUCAGGAUCUGUGGGAAGUCUAGCAAAGUAUGCCGAUUUUCCAAAACCACAUUAUCCAACACGGUACAGAAUUCAGGCCAUCUGUACUCUAUAUGUGCUACACCGCAAGUUUUCACUAUACUGUCAUUUUUUUCAGGCACAACUGAUGUAAGGCUUUAUUAGUUUGCUGAAUUUUCUUUUUAAUAAUUUAUUCAUUAAUGUACAUGUGAAAUAGUUACAUGACUACAUAAAGCAGUGCCUCCUUGUACAGUGGUAAUAAAAAUGUUAACAUGAGUUUUGAGUGAAUUGUUGUCUAACUUCAUGUUCAUUAUACACCAUACAGUUAUUUGAUACAUCUCUUCUUGCACAAAAAAUACUCGAGACAAAUCAUAAUGAACAAUGCCUUGAUAAUGAGCACAGUAUAUAUUGUACAGGGUAUUAUAGUAGUGUAACAGAAAGUGUAACAUUAUUUGAUGGUACUGUACAUUCAUGUGAUUGUAGAAGAACUGUUAAGAGUAGUGCAGAUAAAUGCAAUAAAAUACUCUAAUAA